AAAAUUAGAUAGGAGACGGAAAAAAGAAGAAGCUCGAGUUCUUGGAGCUGUGCUUUGAAUGGACAAACCUAUUGGAUGACAUUGAUUUAAGUUGGGAAUUUUCGCAGUUUGUCGAAAACUUCCCUCUGAUGAACUGCUUCUCCCAAGUCUCUACCUAUACUCGCGCCAUUUUCAGAAGGACAACCCUUGUUGCUUCGACCUCCAUCAAUGGCUACUCUAAUUCCUACUGGACCUCAAGCUUUCACAAUCACAACGUCGCUGUUAAGGCUACUGCUAUAGACUCCUUGUGUUCCAGAUUCCGUUUACGUUGCUAUUCCUCUCGAAAACUCCGAAAGGCCGCUUCUCCUUCACCCAAGUUAGAUUCUGAACCUCCCACGGAAUCAGAGAUGGGUGACUUCUUUGUCGUUCGAAAGGGGGAUAUUAUUGGAGUAUAUAAAAGUUUUAGUGAUUGUCAGGCGCAAAUUGGAUCUUCGAUAUGUGAUCUUCCUGUUAGCUUGUAUAAAGGACACUCAUUGCCAAAAGACACUCAGGAAUAUCUUGCUUCGGUCGGGCUUAAGAAUGCUCUGUACACUAUUAAAGCUGCAGAUAUGAGACCUGAUCUUUUUGGUUCGCUCGUGCCUUGCACUUUUCAUGAUGGAGAUACUUCUAUUAAAGGUGAGGCUUCUGGCCAGGAUGCUAUAAAGAAGAGACCAAGAGAGGCUAUUGUAUCGGAAAAUAUUGGGUCAUCUGUUUUAACUCCUACAUCAAAAGAUCCCUCGAGGAAACAUGUCAAGUUGGAAGAUUCCAUUGUGUCCCAUGCACUGUCCUCUAACCGUGAAUCUUGCUUUCUAGAAUUCGAUGGUGCCUCAAAGGGAAAUCCUGGACAAGCUGGGGCAGGAGCUGUUCUGCGAGCUCAUGAUGGGAGUGUGAUAUGUAGACUGCGUGAAGGCCUAGGUAUAGCAACCAACAACGUUGCUGAAUAUCGAGCUAUUCUUUUAGGGUUGAAGUAUGCACUUCAGAAAGGGUUCACUAGGAUUCACGUCCAAGGUGACUCCAAACUUGUCUGUAUGCAGGUUCAAGGUUUAUGGAAGGUAAAAAAUGAGAAUAUCUCUGAGUUAUGUAAUGAAGUUAUCAAGCUGAAGGAUAAAUUUCUCUCCUUCGAGAUCAAUCAUGUACUAAGGAAUCUAAACUCAGAAGCCGAUGCUCAAGCGAACUUGGCUAUCACUUUAGCUGACGGUGAAGUCCAGGAGUUUGAGGAUUAAUUGUUAGAACCGACGGCAGGAUAUAUCUUGCAGCAUAUAGCAAGAUCUUUUGAGGAAUGCAUUGCAUUUGUAGGCCAAUGCUUUGUAUGCUACUAUUCUUUUCCCAAGGUUGCCAAGAACUUUGGACGUUGUUUUGGUCGCACCCUAGGUUUCCGGGCCCUGACUUAGCAAACUGGAAUUCUAGUUGUGACAAUGGACUCAACAAUGCAGAAGUGCAUUUUUCCUGCAUACGUGGGAUAAGAAUUGCGCUGAUUUGUUCUGUAAUUCAAUUUCAGUUGAAGGAUUAUCACUGAAAUAUUUUAUUUAUUUUUUUUCAUAAUGAGAACGGAAUGCUCUUUGAGCAGUUAUACUCGUACUUAUUGUGGAGCCAAGGAGCAACAGUUCAAUAGCAUUUUUGAGAAGCCUCAAGCAAAGUGAGAUUAACAAACUUGGGGCCAUUUGGUUUAAAGUUCAUUUGAGGACAAGAUUUCUGAGUUUGAGUUAUUUUAUUUUAUUUAUUUACUUUAAGAAAUUUUGGUGGGAGAUCUAACCUUUGAAUUUAAGAACGGUCGUAGAUGCCUUAUCCCUGUAAUAGGCUAAGAUUAGUUUGAUCAUGUAUAAGAAUGUUGUUAUUGUGAACUUUGAUUAUUUUACAGAAAGGAAAUGUAUUGCUCUUUCAUCA